CGAACACUGAGAACUACUACUUUCACAUACAUACACCCACACAGUAUGCACACAGGCCAUGAAACUACUCUCCUUCUAUCUACUCUCGCAGUUGAUUACCACGGAAGAGGAAAAACCCCAGGCAGGCAGGCAGGCCCACGGGACGACAACCACACACACAUGCAACACGCACACGUCGGCUGUUCACACACAGUGCUAUUCACAUACAGCAGGUCGGACAGAACACACAGACACGCAUCGCGCCCUCCCUCCCUCCCUCCCUCCCUCGCCUCUACUCAGUCGCUCUCUGUCCACACACGCAGUACACACACUCGCUCUACUCAAAGCAGCCAAGAGCCCAGACAGACUCGUCAAUUAGGCCCUCGCCGUAUCCUGCGGCUCCAGUCCAUCAAAUGUCGACGGCCGUGUCGAUGGCUCUCGCUCCGGUUCGCUGACCACCACUGCAGUCACUGCUGUGGUGAGGGGCGGGAGUGCCGUGUGAGCCAUGGCGGCAGACGGGAUGGUGACCGAGACGGGCUGUGCGGGCGACACUGCCGUGCUAAUGCCAACAGCGGGCAUGUGGUGGUGCCUCUGUCUCUCGGCCUCAUCCUUACGCGCCUUCAU